AUGCAGUCCAUCAGAGACUUGAAGCCCAACUUCAGCGGCCCUCCUCCCCCCUCUAUGGCCGCUGGCCCCGAUGCUUACCUGCAGGGCAACAUCAGGAUGACUCUGGAGGACCCUGAACUCUGGAAGACCUUCCACGGGAUAGGAACAGAGAUGAUCAUCACUAAACCUGGAAGGAGGAUGUUUCCACACUGUAAAGUUCAUCUUUCUGGCCUCAUUCCCUGCGCCAAGUACAUCUUACUGGUUGACAUGGUCCCUGAGGACGGUUUCAGGUAUAAGUGGAAUAAAGAGAAAUGGGAGGUGGCAGGAAAAGCGGAGCCCCAGCCUCCCUGCAGGACCUACCUCCACCCGGACUCUCCGGCCCCGGGGAGCCACUGGAUGAAGCAGUCCGUCUCCUUCCUCAAGCUCAAGCUCACCAACAAUACGCUCGACCAGCACGGCCAUAUCAUCCUGCACUCCAUGCAUCGCUACCACCCGCGCUUCCACAUCGUGCAGGCAGAUGACCUCUUCAGCGUCCGCUGGAGCGUUUUCCAGACCUUCACCUUCCCUGAGACGUCCUUCACCGCCGUCACAGCCUACCAGAACACCAAGAUCACAAAGCUGAAGAUCGAUCACAACCCAUUUGCAAAAGGUUUCCGGGAUGAAGGCACGAAUAAGAAGAGACGUGCAAACAAGAACCCGGCCUGCCUUGAGAAACGAGCCAGGAUGUCAGACAUCUUGAACAGGGACUCUGAGGAGGACAGUCCACCAGAUUUCUGCCGCUCGUCAUACGACGGUUACGACGGAGAGGAAGGAGACCUGCCCAAAAGGAAAGAGGGCGACGCCGUCAAAGAGGAGCGUUACUCCCCGUGGACCGCUGAGAGGGAGCACAGCGUGAGGACGGAGUCUCCCGCUGGGCCCGACCCCAGGGACAUGUACAACACGGAGCAGCUUGUUCCGGCUCCGGCCUCCUACCAGCCGUACAGGUUCCACGAGUACGGGAAGUCCCCCUCCCCGUCCUCCAGCAUCGGCAGCAGCAACAGUGGGUCAGGACGCAGCAGCUUCGAGUCCCGAGUCCCUGAUGUCGCCACCGUCCCUGAUCAUGACUCUUCCAAGUCACGCACGCAUGACAUUGGUCCUUCCCCCUGUGGCCCCCAGCACCUACCUGGUCCCCAGGACUACACCGGGGUCCUCAACAUGACCAUGGCCCAGGCCGGGAAGCCGGGGGUGAUCGGCCACCACAUCUACAGCCCGUAUGGUGCGGAGCAGCCCCUGGGCCAGUGGAGCGGCCCCGGGCCCGCCCAGUAUCCCCCCCCUCACCACCUGACCGCCGACUACACCACGCAAGCCGUGCAUCACGGCUAUCACCAUGGCAACGUGGCCGAGUGGAGCCAGUACCCGCUGUUCUCGUACUCGUGCUGGUGA